AUGGAGCAUUUAUUGAAGCCCUAUAAAAGAACAUUGCUAUUUGUUAUAUGUGAUAACACAAAUACUCCACUUGAAUGUUUGGGGAGUGUUAAUAUAGAGAAGAUAUGGACUGCAACUGCUGAACCUGAGACUCCUAGAAGUGCUUCUCUUAGUGAAUUUUUUAACGUGGAGAUCACUGCUUUGUCUAGCUAUGAAUUUGAAAAGAAGAAGUUUAAAGAGGAGGUUGCUCAUCUAAGGCAGCAGUUCAUCUCUCCAAGAGUUCUAUGUGAACAGAUUGCUGAGGAGAAGCUCAAACAAUUUACUUCUGAUGAUGAUUGUUUGGCAUUGAAAGGAACUGUUAAAGCUGGUCUUGUAUCUUGGUUUGGAGCAAACCUCAGUUCUGUAUUGGAACCUAUCUUUCACGUUAUGACAAGAAGGCUAGAACAGUUACUGAACAAAGAAGGAAAUGUUGCUUUUGCUCGUAUCUAUGCUCAAUCUGGCAUGCUUGAAUUUGAUCAAGGAUAUUAA